AUGGAUGUUCUUGUCUACCUUUUGAUUUCGUUUUGGUACGGAGUUUCUGCAAAAACAACCGAAAACGUUACCUUGCUGUUUGUUGGAGAUGUCUCCUUCGCCGGUCCCAUCAGAUAUUACGUGGAACAUAAAUAUCACUCAUAUAAUGACACUCUUAGUGAAGUUGCACCAUAUGUCAGAGAGGCAGACAUUUCUGUGGCCAAUUUGGAGUCUCCAUUUAUAAACAAAGACAUGUACAAUUCAAUGUACGAUGGAGAGAAAACAGUUAUACUAGACGCUAGCCCCGAGGCCGCCCCAGCUCUGAGUUUUGCAGGAUUUGAUGCUGUAACACUUGCCAACAAUCAUUUGAACGAUUUUGGCUCUGAGGGAGCAAACAACAGUGUCAAAGUUCUCAAAAAGACAGGAAUACAAUAUUUUGGUAUAAGCUUUGGAAAGUAUAACUCGCCACAGGAACCGCUCAUCCUUGAAAGGAAAGGAAUAAAGAUUGGAUUCCUUGGUUACUGCGACACUCCAAGUCCAACAAUUAAAAAGAACUGCACUGAAAUGAGAAUGUUGUUCAACUCUGGUCCAGCCAUUUAUGGAGAUGAUAUUGCUACACGAGAUGUCCAACAUUUGAAGAAGGCUAAAGUCGGCAUAAUAGUCGUCAUGAUGCAUUAUGGGCAAGAACUCUUCCUGACGCCGCUUCCCUACCAGAGUCGUAUAAACAAGCACCUGCUGUCUCUCGGUGUGCAUGUGAUCAUUGGAAGCCAUCCACACGUGCUCCAGCCCUACUACGUCAAACAUCGAAAACUUGUAGCAUAUAGUUUGGGAAAUUUCCUGUUCCAUCCGAGUAGAACACCAAGUGGAAAUAGCCCGAAGACGUAUGGAAGACUUGGAGAGAAACCUAAUCAAUACAAAAUAGAGGCUUUCGAACACCUCGUGCUGGAAAAUUCGGGUGGUAUAAGAGCGUCGCAAAUGCUGAAAGUUACGGUUUCAAGGGAAGGCGUCGUGGAUGCAAAAUAUUUGCCACUGAAAAUCGCAUUUGAUCUUAAAAGAAAGCGGAUUCAUCCCACGAUUUUAAAGGAUGCAAAAUGGAUCACAGUUUGCAGAAAUAUGGAUAAGAGACAGAUAAAAAGAAAUGGGAGACUCUCCGCAGAUGACUUGAUCAUGAAGACUUCUGAACUCCGAGAGACAAAUAGCCUUUGA